AUCAUGUUUCUCUACCAACUGCUCAGCUUUUUCUUUGUAGUUUCUAAAAAGGAAGAGAAGCCCAAAUAUGAUUUAUCUCUGUACAAGCGCGGCGACUUGCUUGAGGUACCCAGGACAUUAUUCACACAUUUCGGGAUUUACCUGGGGGACGAUCGUGUGGCUCAUCUCAUUCCGGACAUCCUGCCUGCAAUCACCAAAAACAAAUCUGCGAUUGCAAAGAUGGUAACAAAUAACCGCCUCCUCCUGGGGGCCAUCACCAAAGAAGCAAGCGUCAGAGUGGACUCUGUGGCAGAUUUUGCUUACAGCUCAGAGAUCCUGAUCAACCACAUGGAUAAAGUGUGCGCACAGCCUCCCUUAGAUGGAGACGAGGUGGCUCGGAGGGCAGAGAAACUCCUGGGCUCAGUCACCUACAGCCUGCUGUGGUACAACUGUGAACACUACGUCAUGUACUGCAGAUAUGGAAUGGCCAUCAGCUACCAGACAUACCAGUUCUGCACUACGAUACGGAAGAUCGUGUUCAGCAGACUGAGCGCCUUUUUGACUGCACUGUGUGGCAUGUCCACCGUGCUGUAUGUAGGCUGCGUGACGCCGCUGACGUUUUUACUCGUCCUGCUCGUCUCGUUCACCAUCUGGAUGGCUGCCUAAUGACCUCUGGAGAGACCGAGCUGAGAGAAAAGACUCUGAUCCAGUUUUUGCUGUUACUGAAAACACUGGGAAACAAGGUUUCUAGGUUGUUGUUUCAACUUCUUAUAUAUGGCUGUUUUAAUUUCUUUCUUUUUUCUUGUAGUUUUCUGAACUGUUAAGUAAGCUGUGAUAUUACUGUAGUUUAGCAGAUUUAUUUAGCACAAAUGUAUUAUGACUCAGGUGCAAAACUUUGAAUAAAGCUCAAAGACAUUUAAAUUAAAUAAUGACCUAGAUAUAUGCCAGAGUACAGGGAUGAGCUGUGCAGUAAGUGUGAUAGAUGGGUUCAAGGUGGGGGUGGGAUUACAUCAGGGAUCAGCUCUGAGCCCGUUCUUGGUUGCAGUGGUGAUGGACAGGUUAGCAGAUGAGGUCAGGCAUGUCUUCAGAUGACAUUGUGAUCUUCAGUGAGGGAGUGGCUGGAAGAGAGCCUGAAAGGAUGGAGGUGUGCUCUGAAGAGGAAUGAAAUUCAGUAGAAGACAGAAUACAUGUAUCCUAAUGAGAGAGAGACAGGUGGAUAACUGAAGGUGUAAUGAGUAGAGACAUUGAAGGUAGACGAGUUUAAAUACCUGGGGUCAACCAUUAAAAGGGACGGACAGUGCACAGGAGAGGUGAAGACGAGAGUGCAGGCAAGGUGGAGUGGGUGGAGCUGAGUCUCAGGGGUGAUUUGUGACUGAAGGACAGCAGCAAGAGGGAAAGAGAGGGUUUAUAAGAUGGUUGUGAGACGUGCUGUGAUGUAUAAUUUGGAGACGGUGGCACUGACAAGAAGACAGGAAGCUGAGGAGGUGGCAAAGUUCAAAAUGUUAAAAUUUUAAUUGGGAGUGAAGAUUAUAUAUCAGAGGGACAGCUCAGGUUUCACAGUGAGAAAGGAAAAGUUGAGAUGGUUUGGACAUGUGAUUAUGAUGGACAUUUCCCCCCCAAGCAGCAGGAAAAGAGAAAGGAAAAAGAGGAGGUUCGUGCAUGUAUUGAAGCAGGACACGCAGCGGGUUGGUGUGACAGAAAAGGCCGCUAAGGAUCGGGUGAGAUGGAGGCAGGUGAUCUACUGUGGUGACGCCUAAAGGGAGAAAGAUGAAGAAGAAGAAGACGAAUACAAUAUAUGUCAGUGUGAUGGUGUAUGCAAAUUGUAUUGUGACUCACAGAAAUGACACAACCUGUUACUUUUGUAUCUUGUAGAAUAAAUUACUGUUUGUACCAUGUGGACAAAAGUGCAAUAAGUUCCUUCUAUUGCAAUUAGUUUUUGUCAUUCUGUUAAACAAUUUGAAUUUCCAACCCUUCAUGUUGCAUUACUUUAAUGGCUCAUAGAUCAUAUCAUUACAUAUUAUCUGCUGCUAUUUCAAUCGUUUUUGACAGCGCCUUGUCAGGGAAAAAUAGGCGGAGACAACAAUGCUCAGAAUUAAAUGUUUUUGCUGCUUACUGCUGAGACUGUUGUUAAGCUUCUCCCAUUUCAACAGUAACAAGGAAAGUGAUAUAUGCAGUACAAUGUUCUGAAAUCAUCUUAAUAAAUUCUCUGCAAAUAUUCAGUAUAUGGGGAUAUUCACUGGUGAUCCAUAAGGAUUAUUUCAAGAACCACAGUUGUAAAUGAAUAACUCUUCUGGACAAGUGAGCACACAGACACAUAGCGGUUCAACAACAGUAAUGAUAAAAAAAACAACCUCAGCAUCUACAAAUCUUUAUUGUGAUUUUUUUUGACACAUCUGUCUUUGCCUGCAAAGCUUUUAGAUAUGUGCAGGUCUUUGAAACAGAAAUAACAGAUUUCAAACUGACCUAAACUGACUAAUACAUUCAGGGGUUCCUUUGCAGAAGUAUCAAAACUCAAUGUGAGAAAAAGGUUUUGAAAAAAGAAGUAAAGAGAAACACCUUUAUAUUUUAUAAAAUAUAUAUUUAUAUUUGUCAUGACGUAAACACAAGAUGAGACACUUAUCAGAAUUUCACAGCUUCAGAUGCAAAGACUCUGAAUGUUCAGCCUGGCCAGAGUGCUCUAAUAACUAUAACUGCGCCCGCCUCUGUGACAACCUAUUAAGUAGAUCAUGAAUUAAGAUUAAGAUCGUGGGCAGUCCCCACUGGUGGGGUGAGGAACCAACACAUGUGAGCGUGAAUGGGUACAUCUCUCCUGCCUUUAUCAAAUUAAAAUUCAUUGU